CCAGUUUGUUUGGGGACUACGAAAGUGCCGGUCAAUCAAAUCAUUCUCUCUUUGUCACCCCAAACUCCCAGUGCAUGAAAAUCCAAAUACGUAUGUGAAUUUCCAUGAACAGAUGCGGGUCUAAAUUUACCAUUUUGAAAAUCUAAUCCACGCAACUGACUCUCUCUCUCUCUCUCGAGUUUGAUUCUCACCCUUUUGUCCUCACUCUAAAUUCUAAUUAUCUUGGUAUUACAUAAAUAUUCCAUUGGAAGAUGGAGAUAACCAACGUUAUGGAGUACGAGGCUAUUGCAAAGGAGAAAUUGCCAAAGAUGGUGUAUGACUAUUAUGCAUCAGGAGCAGAGGACCAGUGGACUCUCCAAGAGAACCGAAACGCAUUUUCAAGGAUUUUGUUCCGACCUCGUAUUCUUAUUGAUGUGAGCAAGAUAGACUUGACCACGACGGUUUUGGGCUUCAAGAUUUCAAUGCCCAUCAUGAUUGCUCCUACAGCAAUGCAGAAAAUGGCUCACCCUGAAGGAGAAUAUGCAACAGCAAGAGCAGCAUCGGCUGCUGGCACAAUCAUGACACUGUCAUCAUGGGCUACUUCCAGUGUCGAAGAGGUUGAUUCAACAGGACCUGGCAUUCGCUUUUUCCAGCUCUAUGUGUACAAAGACAGAAAUGUGGUUCGACAACUCGUGAAAAGAGCUGAAAGGGCAGGGUUUAAGGCAAUUGCCCUUACUGUGGAUACUCCAAGACUCGGCCGGAGGGAAGCUGAUAUCAAGAACAGAUUUAUUUUGCCACCACAUUUGUCGUUAAAGAAUUUUGAAGGAUUGGACCUCGGCAAGAUGGAUCGGACCGAUGACUCUGGAUUGGCUUCAUAUGUUGCUGGCCAAGUUGACCAGUCUCUUAACUGGAUGGAUGUGAAGUGGCUUCAGACAAUCACUCAAUUACCCAUUCUAGUGAAGGGUGUUCUAACUGCAGAGGAUGCGAGGAUGGCAGUGCAGGUUGGAGCAGCAGGAAUCAUAGUGUCAAAUCAUGGAGCUCGCCAACUUGAUUAUGUCCCUGCAACUAUCAUGGCUUUGGAAGAGGUCGUCAAAGCUGUGCAAGGCAGAAUCCCAGUUUUUCUGGAUGGUGGAGUUCGGCGUGGGACAGAUGUCUUCAAAGCAUUGGCUCUUGGAGCUUCUGGCAUAUUUAUUGGAAGGCCGGUGUUGUUUUCAUUGGCUGCUGAUGGUGAAGCUGGUGUAAGAAAAGUACUUCAAAUGCUUCGUGAUGAGUUUGAGCUAACUAUGGCUUUAAGCGGUUGUCGCUCGCUCCAGGAGAUUACUCGUAACCACAUUCUGACUCCAUGGGACUCUCUUCGCCUUGCCCCCAGGUUAUAGGAUGGCCUCACCCCUAAAUCUGCACUGAUGUAGUGAAAGGUUUGAGUUUCAAGGGCUUGUCUGAUAUUAGAAUAAUCUCAGUUUUGUGGAUUCAGAAAUAUUUAGAAGAAACAAAUGAUAUUUUAUUUCCUUUAAUAAGUACCAUUAGCUUUGAUAACCUACCAAAAAGGAAGGAGAAAAAAAAAGGGAGUGGAUUAGAUAUAUGUGACUUUCUUUGAAAACAUAAUAUUUUUCAAGCAAUAAUUUUCUAUAAGUUCUGCUGA